CUGUAAGUGGCGCUGUUCGCCCGGCUGGUGAUACGGUGCGAAUGCGGUGAUCGUUCACAUAUUGGCGCCAUUUUGGAGCCAGGAGGGGGAAGAGCGCUGCAGAGGAGGACGGCGAUCGAGCACAAUUCUACGCAAACAGGCAGUUAAGAGCUCCAGAGGAUGGCUCACUCUAAAGCUCGAGCCGCGGACGGGAAGGUCACCUACCCCCCCGGGGUGAAGGAGAUCUCCGACAAAAUCUCCAAGGAGGAGAUGGUCCGUCGGCUCAAGAUGGUGGUGAAGACCUUCAUGGACAUGGACCAGGACUCAGAAGAGGAGAAGGAGCUAUACCUGAACUUGGCCUUGCACCUGGCUUCAGACUUCUUCCUCAAGCACCCCGACAAGGACGUGCGCCUUCUGGUGGCGUGUUGUCUGGCAGACAUAUUUCGCAUUUACGCUCCAGAGGCGCCCUUUACCUCCCCUGACAAGCUCAAGGACAUUUUUAUGUUCAUCACCAGACAACUCAAAGGUCUGGAGGACACCAAGAGCGCUCAGUUCAACAGAUACUUCUACCUGCUGGAGAACAUCGCUUGGGUCAAGUCAUACAACAUCUGUUUUGAGUUGGAGGACAGCAACGAGAUCUUCACCCAGCUGUACCGCACGCUCUUCCAGGUCAUCAACAACGGCCACAACCAGAAGGUGCACAUGCACAUGGUGGACCUGAUGAGCUCCAUCAUCUGCGAGGGUGACACCGUGUCCCAGGAGCUGCUGGAUACGGUCCUGGUCAACCUGGUGCCAGCGCACAAGAAUUUGAACAAGCAAGCGUACGACUUGGCCAAAGCUCUGCUGAAGAGGACGGCUCAGGCCAUCGAGCCUUACAUCACCAAUUUCUUCAACCAGGUGCUGAUGCUGGGCAAAACGUCUGUGAGCGAUCUGUCCGAGCACGUGUUCGACUUGAUCUUGGAGCUGUAUAACAUCGACAGUCACUUGUUGCUCUCCGUGCUGCCACAGCUGGAGUUUAAGCUUAAGAGUAACGACAACGACGAAAGGCUGCAGGUGGUCAAGCUGCUAGCCAAGAUGUUUGGCGCCAAGGACUCAGAGUUAGCGGCACAGAAUAAACCACUUUGGCAGUGCUACCUUGGCAGGUUCAACGACAUCCACGUGCCCAUCAGACUGGAAUGUGUCAAAUUUGCCAGCCAUUGUCUCAUGAACCAUCCGGAUCUGGCCAAAGACCUCACAGAAUUUUUAAGAGUGCGUUCACACGACCCGGAGGAAGCCAUCCGCCACGACGUCAUCGUCUCCAUAGUCACUGCCGCCAAGAAAGACCUCUCUUUGGUCAAUGACGCCUUGCUCAACUUUGUCAAAGAGCGCACACUGGACAAAAGAUGGCGCGUGCGCAAGGAGGCCAUGAUGGGCCUGGCGUCCAUCUACAGGAAGUACUCAUUGCAGGGCGAGGGUGGGCGCGAAGCUUCCAAGCAGAUAUCGUGGAUCAAAGACAAGCUUCUCCACAUCUAUUACCAGAACAGUAUUGACGACAGGUUACUGGUGGAGCGUGUUUUUGCUCAGUACAUGGUUCCUCACAAUCUGGAUACUGCAGAGAGGAUGAAGUGUCUUUACUACCUCUACGCCACCUUGGACACUAACGCCGUCAAAGCUCUGAAUGAGAUGUGGAAGUGUCAGAAUCUGCUGAGGCACAACGUCAAAGACCUGCUGGAUCUGGUCAAGAAACCCAAGUCUGAAUCAUCCAGCAAGGCCGUUUUCGCCAAAGUCAUGGUCAUUACCAGGAACCUUCCGGAUCCGGGAAAGUCUCAAGACUUUGUCAAGAAACUGGCGCAGGUCCUUGAGGACGACGAGCGCAUCCGGGACCAGCUGGAGACGCUUGUCAGUCCUUCUUGCUCCUGCAAGCAGGCGGAAGUGUGCGUGAGAGACAUCACCAAGAAGCUAGGCAGUCCGAAGCAGCCCAGCAAUCCCUUCUUGGAGAUGGUUAAAUUCCUCUUGGAAAGAAUCGCUCCCGUCCACAUCGACACAGAAUCCAUCAGCGCUCUGAUCAAACAAGUCAACAAGUCCAUAGAAGGAACGGCAGAUGACGAUGAGGAGGGCGUUCCCACAGACACCGCCAUCAGAGCCGGCCUGGAGCUGCUCAGGGUGUUGUCCUUCACGCACCCGGUGUCCUUCCACUCGGCUGAGACCUUCGAGUCUCUGCUGGGCUGCCUGAAGAUGGACGACGAGAAGGUGGCAGAGGCAGCACUGCAGAUUUUCAAAAACACGGGCACCAAGAUGGAGGAGAGCUACCCGCACAUCAAGUCCGUCUUGCUGCCAGUCUUGCAGUCCAAAGCCAAGCGGGGACCGCCCCGCCAAGCCAAGUACGCCAUCCGCUGCAUCAACGCUAUGUUCGCCAACAGAGACACACACUUUGCGCAGAUCUUUGAGCCGCUCCACAAAGGUCUGGACCCGGCUAACCUGGAGCAGCUCAUCACCCCUCUGUCCACUCUCGGUCACCUGGCCCAGCUAGCCCCGGAGCAGUUUGCUGCUCCACUCAAGUCCCUGGUGGCCAACUUCAUUGUGAAGGAUCUGCUCAUGAACGAUAGGAUUCCCGGCAAGAAGACUACCAAACUUUGGGUACCAGACGAUGAAGUUUCUCCAGAGACAAUGGCCAAGAUCCAAGGCAUCAAGUUGAUGGUGCGCUGGCUGUUAGGCGUGAAAAACAACCAGAGCAAGUCAGGCAACUCCACGCUGCGCAUGCUGACGGCCAUUCUGCACAGCGACGGCGACCUCACCGAGCAAGGCAAGAUGGGCAAACCCGACAUGUCGAGGCUUCGCCUGGCCGCCGCCUGUGCGCUACUCAAGCUGGCGCAGGAGCCGUGUUACCAUGAGAUCAUCACGUUGGAGCAAUACCAGCUAUGCGCGCUCGUCAUCAACGAUGAAUGCUACCAAGUGCGUCAGGGUUUCGCGCAGAAGCUGCACCGGGGCCUCUGCCGCCUCCGACUGCCUCUGGAGUACAUGGCCGUGUUCGCUCUGUGCGCCAAGGAUCCCGUCAAGGAGCGACGGGCCCAUGCCCGCCAGUGCCUGUCCAAGAACGUCAACAUACGGCGCGAAUACCUCAAGCAGCACGCAGCCAUCAGCGACAAGCUGUUCUCGCUGCUGCCCGAGUAUGUGGUGCCAUACGCCAUCCACCUGCUGGCGCAUGACCCGGACUACGUCAAAGUGCAGGAUAUCGAGCAGCUCAAAGACAUCAAAGAAGCUCUGUGGUUCGUGCUGGAAAUCAUCAUGGCCAAGAACGAGAACAACAGCCACGCCUUCAUUAGGAAGAUGGUGGAGAACAUCAAGCACACGAAAGACGCGCAGUCACCCACCGACUCCAAAACCAACGAGAAAAUGUACACAGUGUGCGACGUGGCCAUGCACAUCAUAAUGUCCAAGAGCACCACCUACAGUCUGGAGUCGCCCAAAGACCCCGUGCUGCCCACCACUUUAUUCACCAAGCCCGACAAGAAUUUCAGCAACACAAAAAAUUACCUUCCGCCUGAGAUGAAAUCCUUCUUCUCGCCAGGAAAGCCCAAGUCCGCCAACGUCCUGGGCGCCGUCAACAAGCCACUGUCAUCAGCCGGCAAGCAAAUCCAAAGCAAAUCGUCCCGCAUGGAGACGGGGAGCAACGACGACUCGUCGUCUAAUCCCGGCUCGCCACAGCACGGCAAGACCAGGCACGACAGCACUGAAAUGGAUCACAGCGAGAACGAGGACUAUAGCAGAAAGCUGGCGGAUAGCUCGGACAAGGAGAGCGAGAAACCUCGAGGUCGCAAACGGGGCGUGACGUCCGGAGAUGACGGUGACACAAUCAAACCCAAAGCCAAACGCGGCCGCAAGAAGGCAACCGCCGCCAUGGAGUGCGAGGACCAGUGGGGUGACGAGGACAACGGCCCUGAGGACGAGCAGAACAGCCCGCCCAAGAAGGGACGCAGGGGGCGGCCCCCAAAAGCGGCGGCCAAUCAGGACUCCUCACCUGCCAAAGGAAAAAGGGGGCGCAAGAAGGCCGCGCCUCCCCCCGAGGAUGAAGAGGAAGAGGAGGAGAGAGCGGACGAUGAGGGGGAGGACGACGAGGGGGAGGACGACGACGACGGCACCGAGAACAUGGAAGUUAAGACCAGAGCGGGGCGACAGGCGCGGACACCGAGACGCUCGCAAAGUUCCGACGUGUCUGAGUCAACGCCACAGAAGAGGAGAGGCCGACCGCCUAAGUCGGCUCAACCUUCCCCCAAGAAGCCUACGCGCGCAGGACGGUCGAAGGCAGCAGCUGCGAAAGAUGACUCUGAGGAAGAAGAAGACCAGGAGGAUGAGGAGGAGCAAGAGGAGGAGCCUACACCCAAGGGUCGCAAAAAGUUGGCGGGCCGAAGAAGAUGAGCCGGCGAGAGACCGGGAGCCGAGGAAUGAAAAUUGAAAUAUGGACAGAACACAUGAACUUUUUCCACUUUUCAUAUGCGUUUUGCCAACACUGUUACACCCACACCCCCCCCUACGUACACACCCACACGUGCACACUACUACGUCCCGCUUUCUACUUCCUGCGUUCCUGCCGCCGUGUUGAUGUUGGCCACGUGUUAGUUAGACGUUCACUUUUAACAAAAAACAAAACCGUGUGCUUGUAAAUAGUCUUUUUGUGCAUUUUCUGUGUUCAUGUUUGUCGUGUUGGAUGCUGACUGCAGGGGGCGCUCACCUUGUUAUUGUUAUUAUAAUUAUUAUUAUUUUUAUUAAAAGGAAAAAGCAAGUGUUCCAUCAUCGCCAUCCUCCUCCAUGAGAUAUGAAAUCUGUUUUUGUGCCGUCUGCUUAUAAACUUUUUUGUUUACAGCUUGUACAUUAUGACUUUUUUUUUUUUUUUUUUUUUACAGUGAAUUAAAAAAUGUACAAAACAACA